AUGUAGAUGCCUGGGAGAUGGCUUGAUGGCUUUGUUUUGUAGAUGGAUUCGUCCGGUGGUUGUGAGCUCUGGUUGCUUCUGUGGGUGCGUUUUGGCUGGUUCGGGACGUCUGAAUGGCUACUGUCGAGAAGGUGGGUUACAGAAAUGGCGUUGGUGAUACGCGGCCAAUUACUUGAUGAUGUCUGGGAGGUAUUAGUAUGGAAUCCGCGGGUUGCGAAGGAUGGUCGAGGGCGGGAGGAGUGUUUGUAUAAAGAUGGCAUGCGUGGAUCCCGAGGAGGAGAUAUACAGAGACAUCAAUCUUCUACUCUUCCAUCUUGAAACCAUUCGCACAUCUACGACGACUUGUGUACUUGAACACAUAUAAUUCUAUCAAUUGGAAUAUUCCACUACAAUGUCAUCCAAACUUAUCACCAUUUUCGGCGCAACAGGAGCGCAAGGCUCGUCGGUCUUGCAAUCCUUACAAUCCAACACCAACAAAUCCUUCAAGCUGCGUGCCAUCACCCGCAAUCCAUCCUCCGACUCCGCACUCAAGAUCUCUUCGUCGGGCGUCGAAGUGGUCAAGGCGGAUGGAUGGGACAAAGAGUCCUUGGUCGCGGCUUUCAAAGGCUCCUGGGGCGUGUUCGUGAACACUAACAGCGACGACGCGGUUUUUGAGAAUCCGGAGGAGAAGAGGACGGAACUUGAUCUUGGGAGGAUUGUUGUCGAUGCUGCGGUUGAGGCAGGGGUGAGUGUGUUUGUUUAUAGUGGGAUGGCGUCUGCGAGGGAGACUACGGAGGGGAAGAUUCCUGUCCAGGCGUUUGAUGAAAAACAUGCCAUUGGUGAAUAUGCCAAGUCUACUGGAGCCUUUCAAUCUACCGCCAUAGUGUCCCCCGGAUGGUACUUUGAGAACUUUCUCAGUCCUGAGAUGGCGGGUGUGUUCGGUGGGUUCCCGUACACGCCAUCCGACGAUGGUACUUUGGUAUUCAAGGCUCCGACGUGGGGUGGGAAGGAAGAUAUUCCUUUCAUCGCGAUUGCCAAUGACUACGGAGACAUCGUCCAUGGCGUCUUCCUCGAUCCGGAACGCUGGAAUGGCAAGUUAGUGCAGGGUGUCAGCGACAUUUCCUCGUUGCCAGAUAUGAUUGAGGGUUUUGAGAAAGUUACGGGCAAGAAAGCUCGGUUCGAAGAGAUUCCGUGGAAAGACCUGGAGACGUAUGGUAUUCGUGCAUUGGACACCGUAAAGCAUAUGUUCGGAUUCUGUCAAGAGUCAGGUGGUCGAUACUACGGUGUCGUGACGGACAGUAAGGCUACGGCCGAGCUGAAGAAGAGCGGUGCCGAAGCCAGAGGGAAGAGUGGUCAAGAUGUGGAAUUGCUGACCUUGCAGAAGUUCUUCAAGGAAAACUUCAGCAAUUAGACCAUUUCCAAGGGCAAUCUGUCUUUGCUAGGCUGUAUUGGUUUCGUUUAGUUUUACAUAGUAUCUUCUUCUAAUGAACUGUACUCUGUGGUAUGUUGCAAUGAGC